GUUGGUUGCGAGUCGCCAGAAAAGGAAGACGAAGAAGAAGCGUCCUCACUCCAAAACGGGCUGGGCUCAUGCUAGCACUUCUAAUGACCACAAACUUACAUUUUGUCAAAAUUCGCCUUAAACGGUCGACUAUAGUCUUGUUUUCUAAGAAAUAUUCGUUAUCGGAGCAGUCUGGGAUUCACACGGGUUAGAGACAAAAAGGCGUCGUGUUUUUCCCAUUAGCGUGGACGUCUGCGCUGCCAAAAAUCCGACCAUGUGAAAUAGGAGCAUCAUGGACAGAGACUUGUUGAGACAGUGUCUGACUUACCACGGAGAGUCACUAUUCUGCACGCUGAAAUGUGAACAAACCGAGAACCCGGACUUCCAGGCCGUGGUGGCGGACUUGUGUCAGGCCGCCUGUGAGAGCAACGGCGAAGGGCUGGGGAGCCCGCUCGUGGAGCAGUUCAUUGCCAGGAAGGCUGACAUUCUGUUCUGUCCGUCGUGGAAGACAGCAACUCCGAAAGAGGAGAAGCAUGGAGAUGAAGAGGCUGCAGAGCCCUACGCCGUCAUGCCACCCCUGGAGUUAUUCAUGGAAGUGCCUUACGAUGAGAGAAGGGCCAUGCUGUAUCGAGAUCUGGAGCGAGGGGACAUCGUGGUGGGGAGGAUCAACAAUAUCCGAGAAUACGGCUUUUUUCUCACUCUGAUUUGCAUGGCGGGAGGAAUGAAUCGAGACAUAGAAGACCUGGAGUUAUCUGCUCUUUGUCACAUUCGAGAAAUUCCCUCUGCUGGCAGCCAUGACGAUCCUUUGUCUUACUACCAGAUUGGAGACCUAAUCAGAGCUGGUGUGAAAGACAUCGACCGCUACCAGGAAAAAAUCACAGUGUCACUGCUUCAAACGUCGCUUCCACCCAGAUCGGAGAGCGUCCAGCUGGGAGUCAUAAACAAGGACGAGCUGCCUCUACACUAUAAUCGUAGUGUUCGGGCAGCUAGUGACUCAAGGGAGACAUACGAGCGUAUUCUGUGUGGUUGCCACGGCUACCACAACCCUUCUGUCGUGGACUACCUGCUGGACAACAUUGGCGUAACUGACCUUCACCCACCCUCCAUGAUGAGGGGGCUACAAAGUAAACUCUUUGAAAAAGAAGAUUUUGCGUGUGCAAUCCGAGAGAAGCAAUCUGCAUCCUGGGCUUUGAAAUGUGUCAAGGCAGGUGUGGACCACUUUAAACACAGUCGCCAUGUGGAAGCCAUGAACGAGUACAACAAAGCUUUGGACAUCGACACAAACAACGUGGAAGCGCUGGUAGCACGAGGAGCUCUGUAUGCCAAUAAAGGCAGCAUUUUGAAGGCUGUAUCCGACUUCGAACUGGCCCUCAAGACCUGUCCAGAUCACCGCAAUGCCAAGAAGUACCUCUGCCAGACUCUGGUUGAGAGAGGAAAACAACUGGAAGAACAGGAGAAACUGGUAACGGCAGAAGGGGUGUACCGAAGAGCUCUCUCGCUGGAUGAAGCAAACCCUGAGGCCCAGGAAGCCUUGAACAAGAUCACAGAGACCAUACAGAAUUCGAUUCGCCUUCGGGAAGAGGCGCUCACUAAAGAAGCGGCAGACAAAGCUAAGAGCGGUCAGAGCAGUGCGGAGAAAUUGCGUAAGAUCUUAAAAGAGGAGAAGAGGAUGAAACGAAAACGGAAGAGAUCCUCCCCUUCCUCGUCAACAUCCCCUUCCUCUAGGAACUCCUCCACUUCAUCGUCCUCGUCCGAUCACAGGAGGUCCAAAAAGAAGAAAAAGAAGAAAAGGCGGUCGCAGCGGGAAAGCAAGCGCCAUCGCAGGCUCUCUUCAAGAGAGAGCAGCAGGAGGAGUGAAGAUGGUAAAUGUGGGAAAAGGAGGAAGGAGAAAGAGGAGGAUGAGGAGCUGGAGUGGUACCCGGAACCUCCUAACACCUCUGCCACCUUUCUCAACCAGAAGGGAGGCCGAGGUUUUGGAGUAAUGGACGAAGAGGAGGAGGGGGAGGCAAGUAGGAAGGGUAAAGCUGGCAAUGGCGCAAGGAUCUGUUUGUACUCUUUGUCAGGAACCUCAGAAGAUGAAGGGUCCGAGUGUCCAUCUCAUUCAGGAAGUAACUAUAAGGUUAAAGUAGAAAGCAGCUCCAGGACGAUGAAGAGUAGCAGUGGAAGUCCAGAAAGAACUAUGCGUAGAAAUAGUAGUCACAGGAGCGUCGAGCGAGGAAAUGAGGACAAAAGGAGGAGAAGCUUAGAUGAGAGGAAGCGCAAAAUAUCUUGCUCGUCUUCCGAGUCCUUGUACUCGAGGAAACCUGCGGAUGCCGAACAUUCAGGACACUGCGGUCAAAGCAAAGGUUUCCCUCGGAGGAGCUCCUUGGGAAGCGAAAUGUCUGAAAGCCGAGGCUGGGAAAAAGAGGAGGCUUGGGAAGAGACGUGUCGGGGUAAGGACAGAGCCGAGGAGGAAAAGGUAGAUAGAGGCAGGUCUGAGUCUGAGCAGGGUGGAGAGAUCUUGGUCCCGGGGGGAAAGGCCAAAAAGGACCUUCCUGCAAAUUUGUUGGACAUCUUCAACCAAAUUGCCAAGUUUGAGAAGGAUAAAGGCGUUAGACCCAAAAAGUAAACAACAGAUUUGGAAAGUUUAAAUAUCGUGUGCCGCAUUUUUCAGGGUAUAAGUCGCACCUGCCAAAAAUGCAUAAUAAAGAAGGAAAAAAACACAAGUCGCAUUUUCGGGGGGAAAUGUAUUUGAUAAAACCCAACAAUAGACAUUUGAAAGUCAAUUUCAAAUAAAUAAAGAAUAGUGAACAACAGGCUGAAUAAGUGUACGUUAUUUGAGGCUUAAAUAACAACUGAGAAGGUGUCUGGUAUGUUAACCUAACAUAUUAUGGUAAGAGUCAUUCAAAUAACUACAACAUAUAAAACAUGCUAUGCGUUUAGUAGGGGUGUAAAGGUACACAAAAAUUUCGGUCCGGUACUGUCGUGGAAUUUUUUAAAGACGAUACUUUAGUGACAAAAAUGAUUUAUUAAAGUAACAAACAAAUAAUAACAAGCUUCGCAAAGCGAGACCAAACCAGAACGACACAUCCGUUCGUUCCAGCUUGUUCUAACCCUUUUAGAAUAUGUCAUGAAGUCCCACCCUCCAUGCUCAUUUACAUACAGUACACCAAGUGGAAUGAAUACCCAAGUCCUGUGAAGAAGGAGAGGGUGUCGUUUGUCCAUAAAGGUUAGGGGUGGGGGGUCACUCAGGAAAGGGCAACAGUUUAGCACGGGGGGGGGUGCCAGGGAGAGAAAACACACAUGCCCAGGUCAACUAAAGUCCACAUGUCACAUCAAAGACACAGGAGACCGAGCUUGAUCAGUUAAGAGAUCUCUUGCUAAGUGUCAAAUCCCUGAGCCCAAUAAAGAACUUUUGGUACCCAGUUCAAAGAACAUCAUCUAUUUAAACGAGUAUAAGUAAAUUUGCUAUCACAAUACCUACCUCGGUUCGGUUCAUUUUCGGUACAGUAAGAAAACAACAAAAUAUACAUUUUUUUGGUUAUUUAUUUACCAAAUUUGCGAAAUCUUCCACCAAAAAUAUUUUUCUUCAUGGAAUAUUUUAUGCGAAGUAAUCAAAACCUUGGAUAGGUCAAUAAUUCAUAAUAUUGAUUUUGAUUCAAUAUUUUGUUUAGCCUUUAAGCUUUUUUAUUUCACUUUUAUUUAUGUUAAUAGUAUUUUUAGAAUGAGCUGUGGGCGUUUAAAACAAAUGGCUUCCGGGGCACACUUUUUGACACCCCCGCUAUAGAUAAUAAAAAAUAAAAUCUGAUAAAUCUAUGGUUAAAAAGCAGAGCCUGGCGACGCAUGCGCGUUUAUCUUAACUCUCUCUCUGUCUCUGUCUCUGCUCCUCUCUCACGAUUGUUGCUGCGUGCACAAUUUUUGUUUUUAGCCCCUUCUUAACGCUGAACGUACAUUGAAAAUACACUAACUUAAAGGCCUACUGAAAGCCACUACUACCGACCACGCAGUCUGAUAGUUUAUAUAUCAAUGAUGAAAUAUUAACAUUGCAACACAUGCCAAUUAAUAAUGGAGACGUCAAAGAAGAAAGCUGUAGGUGGGAAGCGGUGUAUUGCGUCCGCCUUUAUUAACACAAACACAGCCGGUGUUUCCUUGUUUACAUUCCCGAAAGAUGACGGUGAAGCUUUACUAUGGAACAGAGCGGUCAAAGGAACAUGGUUCCCUACCACAUGUCAACCGGCAGGUUUCGGUGAGUAAAUGGUGGUAAUAAGUCGGCUCUUACUAUAGACAUGAGCGGAGAGCUUGCGUCGUUCCUCAUGCACCUGUCAAAGAGGCAGCUGCGACUCUCUUGCCUCCUCCCAAUGGCCGCCCCCGACUGUCGAAUGCUUCCACCGUGGAGGAGAGAAAACAAAAAAAAAUCUCAGGCCGGCCCGAUUUCGCCUCGUCGAGAAACGUGGCUUCCCUCGCAGAUACUGGCGGUCACCACACCCGUGGCCACACCCCUCCGACUUUGAGGUUGUACAGGUACGACCAUAUAAUCUCACUAAAACACUAGUAACACAAUACAUAGAUAAGGGAUUUUCCAGAAUUAUCCUAGUAAAUUUGUUUAGUAACAUAUGAAUCGUUCUGCCGUGUAGUUUUUUUUUUUCUCUAGUCCUUCACUCUAACUUUCCUCAUCCACAAAUCUUUCAUCCUCGCUCAAAUUAAUGGGGAAAUUGUCGCUUUCUCAGUGCGAAUCGCUCUCGCUGUUGGUGGCCAUGAUUGUAAACAAUGUGCGGAUGUGAGGAGCUCCACAACCCGUGACGUCACGCGCACAUCGUCUGCUACUUCCAGUAAAGGGAAGGAUUUUUUACUAGCGAGCAAAAGUUGCGAACUUUAUCGUGGAUGUUCUCUACCAAAUCCUUUCAGCAAAAAUAUGGCAAUUUCGCGAAAUGAUCAAGUAUGACACAUAAAAUGGACCUGCUAUCCCCGUUUGAACAAGAACAUCUCAUUUCAGUAGGCCUUUUAAAAUGCCGGACAUUUGAGGCAUUUAAGGAACUCCACCCGGACAGCCCCGCAAAAGAGGACAUAUCCGGUGAAAAGAGGAGGUUUGGUCACUAUCGUUGCCCGGUCGCUGCUAGCAUGCCGUGUGUUGUCUACACAACGUGCGGUACGCUACUUAAUAUGUCCGUGUGGAAACUCGUUCGGUACACCUCCGAACCGAAACCCCCGUACCGAAACGGUUCAAUACAAAUACACGUACCGUUACACCCCUAACGUUUACCAAACAGUCUGUCACUCCUAAUCGCUAAAUCCCAUCAAAUCUUAUCUUACGUGAACGAGCUACAUAAUACUAUUUGAUAUUUUACCGUAAUGUGUUAAUAAUUUCACACAUAAGUCGCUCCUGAGUAUAAGUCGCAAACUGUGAAAAAAACUGCGACUUAUAGUCCGAAAAAUACGGUACGUUAGAAGUGGAAAUAGGUCUUUUUUUUUUCUUUUUUUUUUAAAUCCGCAUUUGUUAAUGUGUUGCUUACACCCUGGAAGAGAGGGCUGUAAUUGUGGGAACGGUGAAUAAACAUUUAGAAAGCAGGGAUGUGCCUGAAAAGAAAUAUGCUGAAUGCCACACAAACUGACAUUUUGAGUUAUAAAAGAAAUGAUUGGAUGUGCUUCGGUGUUAAACAUAUUUAGGACAUUUUUGGAAAGGGACAUCAGACUCACCAUUGUGCAUCGAUUUAAUACAACUCAACUGGUAAUGUUUUUUUUUUUGUUUUUUUUGUCUUUUUUUUUUUUUAGCGCGACUGUACUAAAAAAAUGAAUGUAAAAGUCUGAUCAUCACACUUUCUUUCGGGCACUUACUUGGCCCGUGCUACAGUAAAAACAGAUUAACAAACAAUACACAAACCAAAAAAACGAGACAAUAAAAAUGAUGUUUUUACAUACUUCAUCCUCAUUUUUGAAGUUUAUGCAUCUGCUUUUUUGUAGCGCUGCCAUAACCCCGAAUGGAACUUACCUAUCUUAAACGAAAUAAAAUAAAAGAGGGCCCUUGGUUAUAUUAACUUUUAUCCUUGAGAUAGGCAUUUUUCACAGCUCUGAAGAAGGUAACAAAUACAAAUGUGUGAACAUCAAGGUGUGCCUGUAUGAUUUGUCAGUGUAAAAAACAACUAUUUCCUGGAUUGGCUGACUUUUUACAUGUGACUUUUUGCUCGUUUCUGCCGUUAGUUGUCUGCUUUUUUUGGGGUGUGCAUGUGAAGCAAUUUGUGCUUAGAGUUGAAUGAGUACCGUAUUUCCUUGAAUUGCCGCCGGGGCGCUAAUUAUUUUAAAACCUCUUCUCACUCCGGCACUUACCAAAGGCAUGCGGUAAAUUUAGGCCUGCGCUUAAAAAUUUGAGUGUGAUGUAAGGAUACCAUCAUAAAAAGCACAUUUAAUAAAAAAAAACAUUAUUUUGGUCUUACCUUUACUUAUAAAUAAUCAAUCAAUCAAUCAAUGUUUAUUUAUAUAGCCCCAAAUCACAAAUGUCUCAAAGGACUGCACAAAUCAUUACGACUACAACAUCCUCGGAAGAACCCACAAAAUGGCAAGGAAAACUCACACCCAGUGGGCAGGGAGAAUUCACAUUCAGUGGGACGCCAGUGACAAUGCUGACUAUGAGAAACCUUGGAGAGGACCUCAGAUGUGGGCAACCCCCCCCCUCUAGGGGACCGAAAGCAAUGGAUGUCGAGCGGGUCUAACAUGAUACUGUAAAAGUUCAAUCCAUAGUGGCUCCAAGACAGCAGUGAGAGUCUCAUCCACAGGAAACCAUCUCAAGCGGAUCAGCAGCGUAGAGAUGUCCCCAACCGAUACAGGCGAGCGGUCCAUCCUGGGUCCCGACGAGCGGUCCAUCCUGGGUCUCGACUCUGGACAGUCAGUACUUCAUCCAUGGUCAUCCGACCGGACCCCCUCCACAAGGGAGGGGGGGACAAAGUCCAUGCGCAGCUUAUUCUGAUCAAAAGCAUCGAUAACUUGUUUAUAGAAGUCUUCCUUAUCUUUCUUCAGUUUUAAAAGUCUCUCUGUCUCGAUGGAGAUCUUCCUUUAUUACCUCCUGCUUCGAUUGAAAGUCCAGUUUAGAAAACGGUUUUAUUUUAGAUAUGUAAUCCUCCAUGUUAAAAGUGCAAGCGAGAGGAACAAAUAAACGAUCGCUGCUCACUCUUGCUGCUUCUUCUGCAGCCGAGUAGUCGCAAGAAGGAUCACUAGCGCCCUCUACCAACUGGAAGCGGGAGUCAUUUAAUGACUCAUAUUUGACACACGCAGCUACGGUAUAUUAAUAAAACAUAGCUGCUUACUGUUCUUUUUAGCAUAUCCAAUAGCUUGGACCUUAAAUCCUACUAAAUAGCUCUUAAUCUUCUUCCCUUUAUGCGAUUUGAAAUGAUUGAAAUCAGCCUCCUCCAUUUUGAAAAUGAUGACAGGUGAAGUGUCACUCGUGACGUGACGAGUUUGACCCUGCGGAAAAUCCAGACCUGCGCUAAUAGAAAUAAUAUUUUGCGAAACGAGUUUGACCUGGCGUUAAUUCUGAGCCGGCGGUAAUGCUAAGCAUGCGCUAAUUAUUUUUCGAAACGAGUUUGUAAUAAUUCUAGGCAGGCGCAUACUAUCUACCCGGCGGCAAUUCAAGGAAACGCGGUAUGUGCAUAAAAAAAUGUCUUGUUCUGUAGUCAGAUUUGUGUGAUUGCCCGAUUUUUACACGUGACUUUUGCGACGCUCCUGCCCUGUCAGAGUCGAACGUCCGUGCAGAGAUUCGAAGUUGUGGAAAAAGUUGCCCGUCUGUAACUUCACCUUGCCUUUCCCCAUACUCGCCACUUGCAUCCACUCUCACUCGUGUUGGUGUCAAAGCCAAAAACAAAUUCAAUUGACUUUCUCUUACUUUGUAUAAAUAAAAGUUUAGGUUUUAGUGGUAGUUGUCCUAAGUAUUUUGUUUUCAAAUGAGUUAUCAGUUAGGUUAUCCGGCCAAAAUGGUCACCUUUCUUCCGUCAGGGGCCAGGGGUUCUUGCGAUAGGGUAAUUGUGGCAGAUUGGUGUACAGUUUACACAUACACACCUCUGAAUACUGACACACAAUUCUUAUAACGUCGGAAGCAUUCGCCCGACUCCGCAGUUCUGUCUGGGAGAGCAGAGGGCUCAGCCUACGUACCAAACUUAAGGUCUACCGUGCUGUUGUCCUACCCGCCCCAACUCUAUGCCUGUGAGACCUGGACUGCACACAGCCGGCAUGCUAAACAACUUAACGCCUUCCACAUGAGAUCCCUCAGGAGGCUGCUCAACAUCAGGUGGAAGGACAAGAUCCCAGACACUGAGGUCCUCCACAGAGCUGAGAUGGAGCACAUCUAUGCCAUCCUCAAGUGUUCCCAGCUUGCCGCAUGUCAAACAAACACCUACCAAAAAGGGUCCUGUACGGUGAACUGCACCAUGCAAAGCGCUCACGCGGCGGACAGCGGAAACGCUUUAAGGACACACUAAAGACCAGUCUCAAGGGCUGUGGUCUGGACCCAGAGACCUGGGUCCAGGUCGGCCGACCCCGCAGUUCUGUCGGAGAGCAGAGGGCUCAGCCUACGUACCAAACUUAAGGUCUACCGUGCUGUUGUCCUACCCGCCCCAACUCUAUGCCUGUGAGACCUGGACUGCAUACAGCCGGCAUGCUAAACAACUUAACGCCUUCCACAUGAGAUCCCUCAGGAGGCUGCUCAACAUCAGGUGGAAGGACAAGAUCCCAGACACUGAGGUCCUCCACAGAGCUGAGAUGGAGCACAUCUAUGCCAUCCUCAAGCGUUCCCAGCUUGCCGCAUGUCAAACGAACACCUACCAAAAAGGGUCCUGUACGGUGAACUGCACCAUGCAAAGCGCUCACGCGGCGGACAGCGGAAACGCUUUAAGGACACACUAAAGACCAGUCUCAAGGGCUGUGGUCUGGACCCAGAGACCUGGGCAGCCGAUGCCCAACACCGUUCAAACUGGCGCUCUGCAGUCUGGCAUGGUGUAACAGACUUUGAGGAAAAACGCAUCCAUGAAGCCGAACAGAAGCGACAGCUCGGCAAGACCAGGGACUGUUCCUCCCUCUCAGCCAGCCAUAACCCGCCCUCACUGCAGCCGGUCCUUCCGUUCUAGGAUUGGCCUCAUCAGCCAUCUUCGCACGCACAAAUCAACGUGAAGUCACCUGGUCAUCUUCGAAAACGAAGGACGAACAUGAUAACGUCAGAAACGAAACAAAAAGUCAAGAGUCAAAAGACAGCUAAUUGAGGAAAUACGGACAGACCGAUUUAGUUUUACCCACAGACAAAUCAUCCGGACCAACAACUGAAAACACUAAUUACACACACAUUGAGAAACCGACACACAGAUGAGAUCACAGACACAUUUUAAGAUAAACAUUUGCAAAUAAUUUUGCCGCAAUAGUUAGAAUAUGGAAUGAAAUGUAGUACACAGCUUUUAUUUGAUAGGUCACUCAUUGUGUGGUGUUCGGGUCUGUGGAACCCGUUUAAAUUUUUUAUUAAAAGAAAAAUGAUACAAUUAAUUUUUCAAACUGAGA